GAGCGGCCUAAGGAAGCUUCUUCUGUGUGUUCGUAACGAGGUUGGUCCAACUCCAGCGUGACGCGGCCGAGAGGGUCCCGCGCUGCCAUAUGCGGUGCCGACACCGUCCUGUGGGUUAUAUGGUGAAGAAGGUGUAUCCUGAAGUAGAGGGAGCAAGGGUGGAAGAUGGGCAGGUCACGAAGCAAUUACGGUUGUUAGCUCAGUACGAGAUUACCGCGCAGUGGGGGGCGGCUAAGGAAAAAUUGAAUCAAGUGCACACUAGGGGCGAUGCCAAUAGAAUUAUCUCUCAGUUCUGCGAGGACUGGUUGGGAGGGAAGAGGGACGGCUGGGUGGCAAGGUAUUGCAGCCUGAGACACAAUUAUGACCCGACUUUUAGCGUCCCGCAAACAAAUGAGAUCACGAAGGGGAGACCAGCCGACGGCAGCCCUUUGUCUGUGCUCUGUCUGCAAUGGGGCCCAGGAAAGGAAGGGGAGACCAGCCGAUGGCAGCCCUUUGUCCCUGUCAGUAAAGACAAACAGAGGGCGGCGGAGUUGAAGUUCUGCGGGUUCAAAUGGAUCACGAAGGGCCAAACGCUGCCGAGCUCCAAUGGGAAUUUCCUCAUGGAGUGCAAAUUGUGUGGUGAGGGGUUUCAGGGCAGUCAAACGAAGGCCGCUGCGCACUUCACGAUAAAGAACAAUUGCCCCAAAGUCUUUGUGGAGCAGCUGGCAGAAAUUUGGAACAAGACAAACUAUACGUUCGAUCAGAGCCAUUGCCAGAAGAUCCUCGACUUCUUGAAGUCUCGUGGAUAUCGAGACAUCAGAUGUACUUCGGGGAGAGAGCAGGCGGGGGAGGAGGAGGAGGACAGCGAGGACGAGAGGAGGGGGGCCGAGGGUCGAGCGGAUGAUGAUGACAGCGAUAUGCCGACCAUGGACGUGCGGAGAGAGGUGGAUCGAGCCAGGGGCAAGAUGAAGGGGGAGAAGGCUGUCGACGAGGACAACAUUCCUGGCGAGGACUACGACGAUGACGAGGAUACGGACAUUGGAGCCUCUUAUGAUGGGGGGCUGAUGACCGGUGCCCGUUCAGGCCAAGAGGGGGCAGCCAGAGCAAUGAUGGAGGCAAGGGGACUCCAGCGGCACCCCCUCUGGUUGUUGUCAGACAUCGCAAAGGACGACACCAACGGGAAGAUUGGAAAGAGGGAGGACACCAUCAUCAGGGCUCGAGCGGUCGUGCGUUUCAUCAGAGAGCAUAGAGCGGCUCUCAGCCUUUAUCGAUGGUACUCUGUUGCCCAGCCGUCUUCCGCCUCUGCAAUUGCGGCGAGUUCCAGCGCUACACCACCCCAGACUCAACGGCGAGGCAAAGAGCUUGUGUACCUUGCGCCUAUGAAUCCCCCGUGGAGCAUCACGUUUUUCGGAGCGGCGAGGUGGAGCGAGCACGACAAGACACUAGCUGAGGAGGCACUGCGAUACCUUCGCCAGCAGACUGGCGAUGACGAGGAUUUGUAUCAUACGUUGCGCACGCAGCUGGCGGAGUCCCAUAGUCGGGAGGGCGAUUGGACGUACGGAAGGGUUGAGGGUGACAAGGACGCGACCUCCUGUAGAGGGGAGAAGGAGACGUCGCAGAUAUCCACCAACUUGAGAUUGAGUUGUCGUCAGGGGAGGGGUUCGGGGUACGUUCUGCCAUGGGAGGACGAUGAGGAGACAGAGGACGUUAUUCCUCUGCCUCGUGACGAGGGUGUUCGGCCAGCUGACCUAGUCACAGAGGCGCAACGUGAGUGGCAGGUGCAACGCGGGCAGAGGGAUCGUCUUUCGAGGGCACCGCCCAACGUGGAGACGUAUUUCGAUCGUCGCCCCACGGUUGAGGGCACGAGCAGGGCAGUCGGGGAGAUGCUGAGGAGGGAGAAGACGACGACGACGACGAUGUCGGGAGGGGGUACGAGGGCAGCAAUGAGGACGAUGAUGAUCCCGACUAUUCCCCGACACGCCGACGUGGUGAUGACGACGACGACGGCGGCGACGGUACACAACCUGCAGGUGGUUUACCGAGGUCCGAGAGACACCUUGGUGACCGAUGCAGUGGUGCAGGCAGGGGAGGCAGCGGGCCAGGUUGCUGCCGCGUCGGCAGAGGUCGCAGCCUCCCCUGCUCAGUUUGCUGAGGUUGCAGUCGGGUCUGCAGAGGUUGUUGCUGCAUCGGCAGAGGUUGCAGAGGGGUCUGCAGAGGUUGCUGCCGCGUCUGCAGAGGCUGUUGCAGCGUCAGCAGAGACUGCAGUUGGGUCUCCAGAGGUUGAUGGUGUGGCUGCAGAGGUUGGGAGGGCAUCUGCACAGUUCGGUGCUAGUUUCAACGACGACAUGUUUGGUGCUUCAUUGGGGCUUCCUCCAACGCCGGCAGCGGCGGCAGGCGAGCGUGGUAGUGGUGGUGUGGACGCACAGGCUACGCCCAUCAGUCAAAUCCUUAGAGGUUUUCCUUCAUGCAUCAUGGGUGACAUCAGUAGCAGCAUGUUGCGGGAGGUAGCGGAGGAGACACAUGGUUCGUUGGGGCAGCAUGAGCAUGUAGUAGGGGAUGAUGGGGGUUGUCGACCUGUGCAGGAGCGAGUGCCUGAGUCAGAGAAGGAGAGGGCCGACCGAGAGGAGCGGGAAAGGGCGCUGGAGUUGGCCAGGCAUUGCGAGAUGACACAGAGUAUUGCAGUGAGGGCCCGUGCAGAGCAGAUGCUCGAGACGGGUGAUGGUGCGGGUCAUUGUACGGCGGAGGAUGCAGAGGUUGAGUGUGACGGUGCGGUCGGUGGGGAUGCAGACGAGAGACCUGCAUCGCCAGUUCAUGGUGUUUGUGUAUUUCCAUUCACUGGAGCUUUGUCAGCGGAGGAGUUAGAGCGGCAGGCACGGGAGGACCCAUUGAGGGCAGAUCGACGCGGACUGAUGGAUGAGGCAUCCAGGAGGGUCAUGGUAGAGGGCCCAGCUUAUGUGCCGUGCAGCCCAUCAGUGCGAUCGUCUACCACAUAUGUCAUUCUGCCCACACAUGCCGAGGGUCCAGGCCCAACACUGAGUCCCGCAUCGGCACCUGCAAGGGAGUCUCCUUCUCCCAAGUCAUGGAAGAAGAAGAUGAGAGUAGGAAAGGGUCUUAGUACUGCGAGGAGGGUGACCCACGAGAUGCGGGCGAGUCAGCCUGGGUUGGUCGGCUUACAUCCGCGGACUCGGGAGGCAUUGGGCGGAGACGUUGUCGCGGAUGCAGUAGGUUGGAGGGAGGGGGUAUCUACCCGAGGGACAGAGCAGCCAAUGAGCGCACCUGCUGAGGCGGCGGUGCCACGUCCUGGAGGGCGGACUUCCACUACCGCUAUGGAGGAGCAUGACGAGCACAGUCACACCCCCGGGAGGAGCAUGGCCGGACGUAUAUUGGGGUUGGAUGUAAGGGCAUUGACGACGCUGCGAUCGUGACAGACACCCGUUGGCUGGGAAUCGGGUAUCGACGGUUUGGAGAUGCCUAUUGGCCAGC